GAGGGCAGGCGUGGCCUGUGCAUGGUGCCUGCCUGCCCGCAGCUUCGCAACCACGAUAGCUCCUGCCUUGCGAGAGGGCACGAGGAUGGAACGAUAACGAAAUGGCCGUGACUCCGGUGAGCUCCAACAACCACCCAGCCAGCUUCUAGCAUGGCAGCGCUGACCCGGGCCCAGUGGCAGUUCAAGUUCUUCGACGUCUCGCAAGUCAAGCUCCCAGACGACGAGAGCUCAUUCCUUUCGGAGGUAUGAGACGAUCACCACAACGACAUACACUUGCUCACCCGCCAUAGCCUGGAAAUAUCACAUCUGCAGUCUCAGGUUCGGAAAGCAUCUUCUUCGGCAGCGCAGAUGGCGUCGUGCGCAUCGUCUCGCAGGCCUUCAAGGUCGUGCGCUCGUUCAAGGCGCAUGACACGGGCGCAAUCACCCACAUGAAGCAGGUCCAGGGCACUGCGCUGCUGGUAACCAUUGCUGAGGAUCUGUCCAACGAACCUGUUCUGAAGGUGUGGGCGUUGGACAAGCUAGAGAAGAAGACAGGCAUCCCACGCUGCCAGAGCACGCUCUCGGUACACAAUGGACGCAAGCAGUUUCCCAUAUCAGCAUUUGCUGCAUUAGAUGACCUGUCCCAGCUAGCAGUGGGUUUCGCCAAUGGCGCCGUAACUGUCGUACGGGGCGACCUCAUUCACGAUCGCGGCGCGCGACAACGGACCGUCUUUGAAUCCGAGGAGCCCGUCACUGGUAUAGAGUUCCGUGAAGGCCACAUCACAACGUUGUAUAUCGCGACGACUAGUCGAAUAUUGACACUGGUAAUAUCCGGCAGAGGACAGGGGCAGCCAGCGAAAUCACUAGAUGACCACGGUUGUGGUGUGGGAUGCAUGGCAGUAGACAAGUCCACGCGCGAUGUUGUCGUGGCGCGAAACGAUGCCAUCUAUUACUAUGGUCAGCAUGGGAGAGGCGCGCCAUACACUUAUGAGGGCGAAAAGCAGAUGAUUACUAUGUUCAAGGAUUACGUGGUCCUCGUCUCGCCGCCCAAGUCGAAUGUCAUACCGCGUUCCAAUCCUCUCAGAGCCCUUGGCAUGGGCCCGGCUGAUGACGUCUUUAACACUUCGAGUUUCACAAUGCUCAAUACUGAAUUGAGAUUCGUGGCGCAUCAAGAGCAGAUUUCGUCGCAAGUCAAGUUCCUCAUUGCGGAAUGGGGCGACCUGUUCGUGCUGACCAUGGACGGCAAGAUGUUCCGCUACCAUGAGAAGCCGUUUGCUCAAAAGUUGGACAUAUUAUAUCAGAGGAACCUCUACGUUCUAGCCAUCAACAUGGCUCAGAAGGCCGGUCUCGACGCUUCGCAGCAGAACGUGAUCCUACGAAAGUAUGGAGAUUACCUGUACCAGAAACAAGACUACGAUACGGCAAUGCAACAAUACCUGAAAGCGAUCGACAACACCGAGCCUUCACAGGUCAUCCGGAAAUUCCUGGACACGCAACGGAUACAUAACUUGAUAGAAUACCUCGAGGAAUUGCACGAUCACCACAAGGCUACAUCAGAUCACACUACACUUCUCCUGAACUGCUAUGCAAAACUCAAGGAUGUAGAAAAACUGGAGGAGUUUAUCAAGUCCCCUGGCGAUGAUCUCAAAUUCGAUCUCGACACAGCAAUCUCAAUGUGCCGACAGGGAGGCUAUUUUGACCAGGCCGCCUAUCUAGCACGGAAACACGGUGAACAUGAAAUGGUCGUUGACAUCCUGAUUGAGGAUUCGAGACGCUAUGCGGAAGCGCUCGCCUAUAUCUGGCGACUAGAGCCCGAGGUAGCUUACUUUAACCUCAUGAAGUACGCAACUGUGCAGUUAGAACAAUGCUCAAAAGACACAACUCAGCUCUUCAUCGAUUACUACACCGGCAAUUUUAGGCCAAAGAAGGAUGCCAUCGUUAUACCUAACGCUCCCGCAACAUCAGGCAUGGGUAUGGGUAUGGGCUUGGGCGUUGCAUCCAGCGCAGUGCAGAAUCUUGCUGCACUUCUACCCCUUCCUUACAUGAACACCAGCGCCGUCGCUUCGCCACCUUCGGGCGAGUCAAAAUCGACAUUGAGUCAAGCUCAAGUCAUCGAGACUAGCACAGACGAGCCGCCUCCAGAGUACGAGAUACCCAAACCCCGCACGGCGUUCUCCGCCUUCGUAGACCAUCCCCAAGAGUUCAUAAUCUUCCUCGAGGCUUGCAUCAAGUCCGAGAGUCUCCGCGAAGACGACAAGGUGGAUCUCUACACUACCCUCUUCGAAAUGUACCUCCAUAUUGCCUCUUCUAAGAAAGAUGGGGAGCGAAAGGAAUGGGAGAACAAGGCACGGAAGCUAGUAGAAGGCAACAACAUCCCGAUAGACACGUCGAACGUGCUCCUUCUCUCCCACCUCUCCAACUUCCGCGACGGGACCAUACUCGUCCGCGAACAGCAAGGCCUCCACUUUGACAUCUUCCGCUCCUACACCGCCGCCAACGACACCCAAGGCGCUAUCCGUGCGCUCCGCAAGUACGGACCAGAAGAGCCCGCGCUCUACCCCGCCGCCCUCGCAUACUUCACCUCCUCGCCCGAAAUUCUCGCUGAAGCCGGCGACGAGCUCGAUGCCGUGCUCAAGAAAAUCGACGAAGACGGCCUCAUGGCGCCGCUGCAGGUCAUCCAGACGCUGUCCACCAACGGCGUCGCCACAAUGGGUAUGAUUAAGACAUACCUCUCCACGACCAUCGAGCGCGAGCGCGCCGAGAUUGCCACCAACCGCCGCACGAUCGAGACCUUCCGGUCCGACACUGACGCGAAGAAAGCAGAAUUGCAAAACCUCAACUCCAAGCCUGUCACGUUCCAGGCGACGCGCUGCAAAGUGUGCGACCGCCCGCUUGAUUUGCCUGUUGUACACUUCAUGUGCAAGCACAGCUUUCACCAGCGGUGUCUCAGUCUGGACGAGGAUGUGGAAGACGAGAGCGUGGAGUGUCCGCUAUGCAGUGGGCAGAAUCAGACGGUGAGGGCAAUUCGGAAAGCGCAGGUUGAGAGUGCCGAGAGGCAUGAUUUGUUCAAGGAUGCGUUGAGAAGGAGCAAAGAUGGGUUCGCGGUGGUUAGUGAGUGGUUUGGCCGUGGUGUUAUGGGGGUAGGGACGGCCGAAUGAGGGCGUCCUUGAUACCUGGUGUUUCGAUUUCUACCGUUCUUCAGAACGUAAUCAGUUGAUGCAUGUAUACAGUGCUAAAAGGAAAUGGGCACAAGUACAACAAGCUUAUGCGUUGUCUGUCCUGGAAUAACUCAUAGAACCUC